AAUCUUUCUGCCGUUCUGUGUUUGGGGACCAACCAGCCACCGCUGCCAUCUAAAGCCAUGGAAAAGGCCUUAGGGGACGUCAUCGACGUUUUCCACCAGUAUUCAGUCCGGGUAGGAAACCCGGACACGCUGACCAAGCGGGAGCUCCGUCAGCUGAUCAACAAGGAACUCCCCAACUUCCUCAAGGAUCAGCAGUGCCCGGCCGAGGUGGCCAAGAUCCUCGAGGACCUGGACAGCAACCAGGAUUUCGAGCUGAGCUUCGAGGAGUUUGUGGUGCUGAUCACCCGCCUGACCGUGGCCUCCCACAACAAAAUGCAUGAGAACGCCGGCUCCGGCCCUGGACACAGCCACGGGCCCGGCCUGGGCGAAUCCGGCCAUGGCCACGGCCACAGCCACGGGCCCGGCCAUGGCCACAGCCACAAGCACUGAGAGCGGCCAGAGGUGGGGCGGGGAGCCGGGGGGGGCCGUCUG